AUGCUACAGUUACUUUACUUUUUAUCUUUGAUUUCAACAAUUUUUCCAGAAAAACCAAUAUGGGAUGGUAAAAAACAUGAUGGAAUAAUAAGACAUCAAUUUACUGAUUAUAGAUUUAGUAAAAAAUUUCAUGUGGAAUUAAAAAGAAAAAAUUUUCUCAAUCAAACAAUAAACAUUUUCAAGCAUAUUGAUAUAAUAAAUGUUCCAAUACAUGAGGUAGAUAUUAGCUUUGUUCAGGUUAAUAGUCAUGGAGUUCGAUUUUUACAUAAAAAUGAAAAUGAAUAUAAACAAACAAUAACAACUUGGCGUUCAGAAAAUGAACAUCUUACAGGUGCAGAUGAAACUUCAUGCCAUUUGACACAUUGUGAA